CUGAGCGGAUGCACGCGGCGGCCCUGCUGAGGCUGGGACGGGCGGCGGGCGUGCGGCUCGGGGACGUUUCCCGCCGCCCGGCCUCGGUGGUCGCGCCCAAGUCCAGCACAGCUGGGUGGGAAGAGGAGAAGAGCAAGGACAGAGUGAGGUGGAGGCAGCUGGAGCACAGAGGCCCCUACUUUGUCCCCGCCUACGAGCCCCUUCCUGAUGGAGUGCGCAUCGUGUAUGAUGGAAAGCCAGUGAAAUUAAGCUUGGCUGCUGAGGAGGUCGCUACGUUGUACGGGAAGAUGUUGCAUCAAGAAUAUACAACAAAGGAGGUUUUUCAAAAUAACUUCUUCAACGACUGGCGAAAGGAGAUGACCGAAGAGGAGAGGGAACUUAUCAAGCACCUAGAUAAGUGUGACUUCACAGAGAUCCACAGGCACUUCAUGGACAAAGCUGCUGCCCGGAAGGCCCUGCCCAGGGAGGAGAAGCAGAAGCUAAAAGAAGAGGCAAAAAAACUUCAGCAAGAGUUUGGAUACUGUAUUUUAGAUGGCCAGAGAGAAAAAAUAAGCAAUUUCAAGAUGGAGCCGCCUGGGUUGUUCUGUGGCCGUGGUAACCAUCCCAAGAUGGGGAUGUUGAAGAGGAGAAUCAGGCCAGAAGACGUGACCAUCAACUGUGGCAGGGAUGCAAAGAUCCCUGAGCCCCCGGCGGGUCACCAGUGGAAAGAGGUGCGCUCAGAUAACACAGUCAUGUGGCUGGCAACAUGGACGGAGAGCGUCCAGAACUCUGUGAAGUAUAUCACGCUGAACCCCAGCUCCAAGCUGAAGGGGCAGAGAGACCAGCAGAAGUAUGAGGCAGCACGACGCUUGAAGGGGGUUGUGGGUGAGAUUCGCUCUCAGUACCGGGCCGACUGGACGUCCCCAGACGUGAAGAAAAGACAGAGGGCAGUGGCCCUAUAUUUUAUUGAUAAGCUGGCCCUGCGAGCAGGUAACAGGAAGGAGGAGGGUGAGACGGCUGACACGGUGGGCUGCUGCUCCCUCCGUGUGGAGCACGUCCAGCUGCACGCACAGGCCAAUGGCUGCAAGUAUGUCGUGGAGUUGGACUUCCUGGGAAAGGACUCGAUCAGCUACUCUAACCGCAUGUCCGUGGAGAAGCCUGUGUUCGAGAACCUGCAGCUGUUCAUGAAGAACAAGAGCCCUGGGGACCAUGUCUUUGACAAACUGACUACUUCCAGCCUGAACAAGCACCUGCAGGCCUGGAUGGAUGGACUGACGGCCAAGGUGUUCCGGACUUACAACGCCUCCAUCACUCUGCAGAAGCAGCUGCAGGCGCUGACCCAUGCUAACGACAGCCAAGCCUCCAAGAUCUUAGCUUACAACCGGGCGAACCGUGCCGUGGCUGUCCUCUGCAACCAUCAGCGAGCUGCUCCCAGGACCUUCAUGAAGUCGUUGCAGACUCUCCACGCAAAGAUUGAGGCAAAGAAGGCUCAGGCAGCUGAGGUCCAGGUGGAGCUGGUAAAGGCGAAAGCCAACCACUUAACCAGAGGGGACAGCAAGUCCAGAAGGCUCCUGCAGAAGCAGUGGCAGCGGCUACAGAAGCUGGAAGAGCAGCUGAUCCAGUUGAGUGCCCAGGUCAAAGACAAGGAGGAAAACAAGCAUGUGGUCCUGGGCACCUCCAAGCUCAGCUACCUGGACCCCAGGAUCAGCAUCGCCUGGUGUAAGAAGUUCGGGGUGCCGGUGGAGAAGGUCUACACCAAGACACAAAGGGAAAAGUUCACCUGGGCUCUUGACACGGCAGAAGACUUUGAAUUCUAAGUGACUGUCUUCACUGGAACUCCGUUUGUGGGUUUUUUCACACCCUUGAAGCAGUGCUGGGAGUUUUAUAUGGUAAAAUGUUUUGUGCAAGUGUUCGCUAUCAUGAUGCAGAACAAAGGCCUUACCGGGCUUUGUCCCUGGCAGUGCCCCCAGCACAUCCUGGCUCUCACCUACCCCGGAACCCCAGCCUAGCCUUUGGAUGGUGGCUUCUGGAAGAGCAGAGACUGUGUCUGUGUGACCCACCCCUUCCUUCAGCAGAGGCCCAGUCCCCAUACAUCUGGCUCUUGGUGAGGCCACAAAUAUACUUUGUCACUGCACUCGGUGGCCACUUCCAGUUCCUAUCUGUCUCACCCAAGCCAGGGCUGGUGCCCAGUCCUCAUGCACGCUAGGCACAUGGUCUCCCACUGAGCUACCUCCCCAGUCCUCUCUACAGCUUUCUACACGUGCUGUCCUGCCUCAGUUUCCCAACCCUGUAUUCUUCCAAGUCUUGUCCUCCCCUUGGGUGUCCCUGUCUCCUUUGCAGGGCUGACUUGUGUCUGUUCAACACUCUGCUUGCCUGGCUGCCCCACAGCUGUUUGCUCCCUCUAGGGCUUUGCUUAACUUUCUGGGGCUCCCUCCACCUCACGGCUUAAAUUGAGGGUGCCAGCAAGGCAGGUCCCAGCUCCCUUGGUUGUCUAACUUACUGGUGUCCAGUUGGAGACCUCUGGUCAGAUUAGAGGACCCCAGCCAUGACUGGGACUCGGCUCCUCCACAGCUGCUCCUGGUCCUGCUGACACCCAUCACUGUGAACCUGGACUCCUGUCGUUGUAGCAGAAUGACUUCAGGGGCCUCAAGGCUCUCCACCCACCUCUCCAGAGGGGCCUUCCUGGGCAGGGACAUGGAACAGGGUUGCAGAGAAGGAAGUCAAAGAAUGGGAAGGCAGAGGGCAUCAGCUGUGGGGCCCCAGGCCCCAGGAAGGAAGCCUGUGACGCAGGACUGAGACACAUCUGAGUCCGACCUCACAGGAGAUGGGCAAGGUAGCCGUCCCUCUGUGCAGGUGAGAAAUGGACCAACUUCAGACCUGGAAACUAAGUCCAGCAUUCCCAGCUCCACAGCUGCCUCUGUCCUUUGCCGGGUUGUGUGGUUUGACACAGUCUGGAACAGCAGGCAGGGUGUGGCCAAGAGGGAGCACUCCAGGGCAGUGGCUGGACCUCAUGCAGGUUUCCACAACUCUAAGGCCAUCCAGUGACCGAAACCCAUGUGUCCUGGCAUCUUGGUCUACCUAGCAGCUGUAAUGACUGCACUUGCUCCAGUCUCCAGCCUGCCCUCCCUACCCUCCAGCACACCUGCUUCUAGACAGGUGGUCACCUGGCUGCCACAGUUCCUCUUCUCACUGGGGACAAUCUAAGGUCUUUGAGUCAGUUGUCUCUGGACUGUCUUGUACAUGGUCAGGAGCUAGCUGUGUCAUCUACACACAAAGGUCAGAAGUACAGACUGCAUCUUAGUGCUGAGCUCAUGUCUAGAUUUUCCGGAAAACACCCCUGGUCCCAAGCCAGCGGCCCAGCAAGCCUGGCCAGAGCAGGUACUGAGAGAGAGGAUGAUGCAGCUCACACCUGGGACACCGCGUUACCACUUUAAACCACUAGGUUUGGGGGAAUUGUUACUCGGCAAACGCUAACACAGAAACUGCCCUAAAAGUGGGGUGCUGUUAUGGACUGAAUAUUUAUGACCCCUCCAAACGCCUAUGUUGAUGUCCUGAUCCCCAACCUGACGGCACUUAGAGGUGGUGCCCUUCGCAGUCAUGAGGUUCACAGGUCAGCAGGUGGAGCCCUCUGAUGGCAGAGGCACAGAGCGUCCUAUCUACACAGCACACACCAGGAAGGCCACAUCAGCACAUGGCAAAAAGAUGGCUCUGCAAGCCAGUAGAUAGGCCUCACCAGGAACUACCCUGACCUUCAGAACCUUGACCUUGGACAUCUAGCCCCCAGAACCAUAUAUGAGGAAAAAAUGUUGGUGUCCAAGCUGCUUUGUAAAAUUAUAACAGCCCGAGCUGUGAAAGGUGACACUAACAAACAUCCAAGACACAGCACUGAGUGAUCCGUGCAGUGGACAAAGACUAUGACGACGGUAAAGAUACUCAGCAGAGCCUCUUACUGGGGUAGAGAAGAGAUUAGGUGAAAAAACACCGCUUUCAGUAACCUGAGUGUGAACAAGGAGAAAGCUCCAGAUUAUUGGGAAGCCUGGCAUGUGCUUCCGACUGCACAGAGAUUUUAGAGGUGAAAUGAGAACAGUAUUCAGUUUGCAAGCAAAACUUACAGGAAAACAGAGCUAGAGUUUGUACCAUUUGGAAAAUAUCACCAGUUCACAUCUAGUUUCUGGUCAGCAAGAUUCUGAAAAGUAAUAAGUGGCCUUGGAGUAAAGAUGAAAUCAGGGUUGUGGCCAUAAAAAUUUCUUAAGGUCCCAGAAAGGUUUCAUUUAGUACUCAGUACAAACUACACAAAAAGGUUUCAGAGUGUCUAGCAGUGUCCCCAGCAUCCUAACACAUGGUGAAAAUAUUAACUUGAAAAACGUUAAGUGUGUUUGUCUAAUGGAGUACACUAGUUUUCCACAAAGGAAACUCACAGGGUUUUCAAGGGCACUGCACAAGCUUGAAUGAAAAGUAACUGACAUAGUUCACAAUGAACCCUUUGGGUUCCCGUCUUUCUGCAGGCCUUGUGCAGUCUGAGGAAGAACUCAGCUACAAACAUGGGUCUGUUCCCCUUAAUCUUUUUUUUAAAUUUUUUCAUGAUACUAAGAUUUGAACUCAAGGCUUUGGGGUUACUAGGCAAGUGCGCUACCACUUAAGCCAUGCCUCCAGCCCCACCCACCUCCUUUUUCAUUUUUUUGCUUUAUUUUGCAGUGCUGGGGGUCAAUCCCAGGGCCUGGCACGUGCUAAGAAGCACUCUACCACUGAGGUGAUGACUCCAGCUGCUCUUUUUAUUCUUUUAACAAGAUUUCGCCAGCUUUACCGUUCCAUUUUGGCUAUUACGUUUUCAUUCUUUUUUUUUUGGUGGUGAACUCAAGGCUUUGUACUUGCAAAGCAGGCGCUCUACCAUU